AUGGAGCAGCUCAGAGAUUUAAUGCGGGUUGAGAGGGGAGCAGGCCCGAGGGUCACUGUCUAUGUGCUCAUCACAGGAGGACAUCUGAACCCCGCAGUGACGUUUGCCCUAUGCCUGCUCGGGAGAGAACGCUGGAGAAAGUUCCCCAUGUACUUCCUCUUUCAAACCAUCGGCGGUUUCUUGGGUGCAGCCAUCAUUUUUGGCAUGUACUAUGAUGCCCUGUGGGACCGUCCCGGUGCGUUCAAUGUCACUGGCCCGAAUGCCACAGCUGGAAUAUUUGCCACCUAUCCUGGAAAACAUCUCACUCUUGUCAACGGCUUCUUUGACCAGAUUAUUGGCACGGCGGCACUGAUCGUUUGUAUCCUGGCCAUCGUUGAUCCCUACAAUAAUCCCAUCCCACAAGGAUUGGAGGCCUUCACUGUGGGCUUUGUGGUUCUGGUCAUCGGCCUGUCGAUGGGCUUCAACUCGGGCUACGCAGUCAAUCCCGCCAGAGACCUCGGACCUCGUCUUUUUACCGCAAUGGCCGGCUGGGGAGUAGAAGUCUUCACCGUCAGAAACGGUUGGUUCCUGGUGCCGGUUUUCGCCCCCUUCCUCGGCACCUUCAUCGGCGUGGUCAUCUACCAAAUGAUGGUCGGCUUCCACGAGGAGGGAGAAGUACGUGACCGCAGGAACGCCGAGGCGGAGGAGAACUUGCGGCUCACCAGCGUCGCUGCUAACGACAAGUCGAAAGAGGCCACCAAACAAGUGCACUGAGCCUCUUUGGCCGUUUUGUUGAA